AGACCCUGGGCUCAAGAGGAAUCAGCGGAGGCGCGUGCCCCUUUGGCCACGCGAUCCGCAGCAUGAAGUCGGGAGAGGUGCAGCAGUUUUCUUCGGCACCUCAAGCCGUGGGAUCGAGGAACAAGUACAGAGAUCCGAAUGACGUCACUGCCAAGGGCCAUGGCAACAUCAUGUACGACCGUCGGGUAGUGCGUGGUAAUACCUACGCCGCCGUGGUGCAGCCGGAGCCGGAUGCAGCAGAGGUGCAGAAGCAGCGGGACGCCCAGCGCCGGCGGCUGAAGGCCGGGCAGACGAAGCGCCGUCCCGGGACUCCGGAGGCGAUCCCCGGCCGGAAGCACAUGGACAUCCAGACUGACACGUACCUGGAGAAGCUCACGGACCGCAUCGUGGAGUUUGAGGCUGAGACGCAGACAGACUUCAUCCUGGAUCGUCCACCCUCGCCGCUCUUCAUGCCCGCGAAGAUCGGGAUUGACAUCGAGACGCAGAUCGAGGAGGGCGAGCUGUUCGAUUUCGAUGUGGAGUGCGAGCCAGUGCUGGAGGUGCUUGUGGGCAAGACCCUGGAGCAGAGCAUGAUGGAGGUGCUGGAAGAGGAGGAGUUGGCGUCUCUGCAGAGGC